GUAGGGGCCGGGUUUGGCCCUCGUGAACUCUGACCCCAGCGCAUGGGUUUCUCUUUCCGGGACAAGAUGGCGCCUUCCACGCCACUACUGACAGUCCGAGGAUCAGAAGGACUUUACAUGGUAAAUGGACCACCACAUUUUACAGAAAGCACAUUGUUUCCAAGGGAAUCUGGGAAAAAUUGCAAAGUCUAUACCUUUAGCAAGGAUGGCACCUUGUUUGCCUGGGGCAACGGAGAAAAAAUAAAUAUUAUCAAUGUCACUAACAAGGGACUACGGCACUCCUUCGACCUCCCAAAGACAGUUUGCCUUGAGUUCUCGCCAAAAAACACUGUCCUGGCAACGUGGCAGCCUUACACUACUUCUAAAGAUGGCACAGCUGGGGUACCCAACCUACAACUUUACGAUGUGAAAACUGGUACAUGUUUGAAGUCUUUCAUUCAGAAAAAAAUGCAAAAUUGGUGUCCAUCUUGGUCAGAAGAUGAAACUAUCUGUGCCCGAAAUGUUAACAGUGAAGUUCACUUCUUUGAAGACAACAAUUUUAACACAAUUGCAAACAAAUUGCAUUUGCAAAAAAUUAAUGAUUUUGUGUUAUCACCUGGACCCCAACCAUACAAGGUGGCUGUCUAUGUUCCAGGAAGUAAGGGUGCACCUUCAUUUGUUAGAUUAUAUCAGUACCCCAAUUUUGAUGGACCUCAUGCAGCCUUAGCUAAUAAAAGUUUCUUUAAAGCUGAUAAAGUUACAAUGCUAUGGAAUAAAAAAGCUACUGCCGUGUUAGUAAUAGCUAGUACAGACGUUGACAAGACAGGGGCGUCCUACUACGGAGAACAAACGCUGCACUACAUUGCAGUGAACGGAGAAAGCGCUGUCGUGCAGCUACCAAAAAAUGGCCCCAUUUAUGAUGUCGUUUGGAAUUCUAGUUCUACUGAGUUUUGUGCUGUUUAUGGUUUUAUGCCUGCCAAAGCGACAAUUUUCAACUUGAAAUGUGAUCCUGUUUUUGACUUCGGAACUGGUCCUCGUAAUGCAGCCUACUAUAGCCCGCAUGGACAUAUAUUAGUACUAGCUGGGUUUGGAAAUCUGAGGGGACAAAUGGAAGUGUGGGAUGUUAAAAACUACAAACUUAUUUCUAAACCAGUGGCCUCUGAUUCUACGUAUUUUGCUUGGUGCCCUGAUGGUGAGCAUAUUUUAACAGCCACAUGUGCUCCCAGGUUACGUGUUAAUAAUGGGUAUAAGAUUUGGCAUUAUACUGGCUCUGUCUUGCACAAGCAUGAUGUGCCAUCAAAUGCAGAAUUAUGGCAGGUUUCUUGGCAGCCAUUUUUAGAUGGAAUAUUUCCAGCAAAAACGAUAACUUACCAAGCAGUUCCAAGUGAUGUACCCAGUGAAGAACCUAAAGUUGCAACAGCUUAUAGGCCUCCAGCUUUAAGAAAUAAACCAAUCACCAAUUCCAAACUACAUGAGGAGGAACCACCUCAGAAUAUGAAACCACAAGCAGGAAAUGAUAAGCCAUUAUCAAAAACAGCCCUGAAAAAUCAAAGGAAGCAUGAGGCUAAGAAAGCUGCGAAACAGGAAGCAAGGAAUGAAAAGAGUCCCGAUUUGGCACCUACUCCUGCCCCACAGAGCACACCACGAAAUACUAUCUCGCAGUCAACCUCUGGAGACCCUGAAGUAGACAAAAAAAUCAAGAACCUAAAGAAAAAACUGAAAGCAAUCGAACAACUGAAAGAACAAGCCGCAGCUGGAAAACAGCUAGAAAAAAAUCAGUUGGAGAAGAUUCAGAAAGAGAAAGCCCUUCUCCAGGAGCUGGAAGAUUUGGAAUUGGGUAUUUAAACAUCCACAGAAAGCCAAUUGUUACCAGAAAUCAGUGCAAACACAUUUUCUGAUAGACCCAUUGGUGUACAUGAAAUACCCAUGUACCUACAUUUAAUGUUCAUCUAUAAUUUUAACCAUUUAUCCAAGAUUCUGCAUAUGUAUAAAAUUAUUUAAUAAUGUCUAUUAAAUUGAUUUUUACAUCCUGCAUCCUAUGCCAUGUCAACACAUGAUGUAGAAAAGAAAUACAUGAAUUUCUUUAGUAAGGCUGACAGAUUGAAAGACGAUGUCAUUGCUUUUUUUAGUAGAGGAUAGUAUUUACCAUAUAUGUGAAUAAAAACAAUUUAAAUUUAA